CUACCGACUUGAUACACGCCGACGCAUAUUACCAGCUGCUACUGUGAUUCGCAACUCUGCCGCACGAAUACGCAACCUCCACCGCCAUCAUGGCGCAACCCUACGACUACAUCAGCAAGAUCGUGAGCUUGGGAGAUAGUGGCAGCGGCAAAUCAAGUCUGACAAUCCGGCUCUGCGAAGGUCGUUUUGUCUCCCACCACGACGUGACCAUCGGCGUUGAAUUCGGCUCGCGAAUCGUUCCCGUAGGGCCACCUGCCAGUCUCGAGUACAACAUCAACAACCCUUCACACACACCCGCCGCUGUGCCCGCACAACAGUCUGCCAAAGAUGCAAAGUCAAAGGCACAGACGAAACCGAAAACACCGGAGCAGAAACACAUGAAGCUUUCAUUAUGGGAUACCGCUGGGCAAGAGACGUACAAGUCGAUAACGAGAUCGUACUUCCGUGGAGCUUCAGGAGCAUUGCUGGUCUUUGAUAUCUCACGGCGGAACACAUUUGCAUCCGUAACAGCAUGGCUGCACGACCUACGGCAAAUAGCGGAGGACGAUAUCGUGGUGGUACUCGUGGGAAAUAAAUCGGAUCUGGCAGCUUCGUCAACGGUGUCGGGCGAUCAGAGUGCUGCGAACAAGAGGCAGGUCACAAGGGAGGAGGCGGAAGAGUGGUGUAGAGAGAACAAAGUCAUGCAGUAUGUGGAGACUUCAGCGAAGAGUGGAGAGAACGUGGAGAGGGCGUUCUUGGAGGUUGCAGAGAGGAUAUACCAGAAUAUUGAAGCAGGUAAAUACGACCUGAACGAUCGAAGAAGCGGUGUCAAAGGACCCGGAGCUGGAGGCGGGCGUGCAGUGACACUGGGAGGACCGGAUCGGAACGCGGCCAAGAAGGCAGGGUGCUGCUAA